GAUUCUGCUCCUAUCCGCUGACUAGCAUUCUUGUUCUUUAACAACUGGGACGGUGGCCGUGUUCGAGAGUAUCAAACAACUGCAGCUUUCAUCUGUCGCGCAGAGUAUGACGUAGAAGGAACUGAAGAGGACAUCUCUCCACAUGUCUUGUGUAUAUUUGCAGCUCAUAAUUUCGAAUAAACAACCCUUAUCAGAUUCUAUCGGGAAGAGCCAUCAAUAUCAGCCCCACAAAUCAGCUGCUAAAUUGAGAUCAUUGGCAGAAGGCUCCUUGGGAUCAUUGCUUUCAUCAACAACUGUUUGCCAUGGCUACUUCAUCCCCAAGGUUUACGUGGUGUGACUGUCGUAAACAUAAAAUUCUUGUCAAAGACACCCAUGAGCUGUGCUUGCACUGUCUUGGGAUCCAACAUGCCAAGGAGGCUGUGCUUGAGUAUGGUAAAUGCCCCCACUGUGCCAAGAUGGACUGGAGCACUUGUAUCAACCGACUUACCAAAGUUCAGGAGAUAAUGCACCGUGAGAGCCAGCAGAAAAAGCAUGAGGCAGCACAGUCUGAAGUUCAACUGAUGCCUGAGACCACCUCAGCUACCAUUAAAGAACCAAAACCGGAGGAAAAUACAAUCCCCACUCUGCCAUCACCUCUCCUCUCUACUUCCACAUCAGCUCAUUCGUCUACCAUGCCAGUGUUGUUCACUAUCCUUUCACCCCCCCCAGCACAGAUAGGGGUCAAUUCCAGCACCCCAAACGGCACUUUCAUCUCACAACUAGCUAUUCAGCAAUCAGCUGACUCCACCCCAUCUAUGAGCCAACCAAGUUCCCACAUGUUGAAUUCCAGCUCCCGUAAACGUCACUAUUUCUCAUCGUGCCACGCAUCCUGCUCCAAGCACUCAAAACGGAGCCAUAGUAGUCACCGCCGAAGACGCUCUCCCUCUUCCUCAUCUUCUUCCUACUGGACAUCAGAUGAUGACUUCUGUCCCUCUGGAAAGGGAAGGAGGUCUCAGAGAGAGUCACGGCAGACUGUUCACUCAGAGAGGAGGCACAGGGAGUUGGUGGAGGUGGUUCAACAGAGGCUAGAGGCCCAACAAAAGGCAGUCCAGCUACAAUGGGCUGUUCUAGAGAAGCGCAUUGAUGCUCUGGAGAGGAGAGGUGCAGAGGUUGUUGUGUCAUUUCCCACUCCAGCACAAACAAUAAACCUUCAAACCUCUAUCCCUCAGACAUCCACAUCUCAGGAAAAUGAUCAGAGAGACAUGUCUGGCUCUGUUCGUGACCAGCUUGUGACAGAAUCUAUCUCCUGUACCAUUGUGAAGCAGGAAGAGGAGCCUUCUUCUAUCUCAUCAGCCCUGAGACCUCUCAGUGAUGGAGAUGAGGAAGAGGAAGAUGCCUCUCAGUCAACUGAGGGUCCUCUCUCUAAGCAGGACUUACUGGCUGCUAAGGAGCUUCAGAGCCUCAUAGCACGAGCCGCCAAGUAUCUUGGCAUAGACUUCCCUAGCACACCAACCGGACCCAGCCCCUCUGACCCCACAAUGGUGCAAGAGUUUGAAGACCUGGUCCAGAGCUCUUGGGCAAACCCUGCCAGUUCAAAGCCGUACAGGGAGCUGUUCUCGAAGAUGUACCGGCUUCAUGACUGCCAGUCUCCAGCCUACAACCAGAUGCCCCAGGUCAACGGCUUUAUGUCAGCCAUAUUCCAAGCGGUGAAGCCCACAGAGAACAAGGAGGCGCCAGUGCCGGCUGAGCGAUGGCGUUUCACUGAGACUCUAGUAGAGAGGAUGUACCAGACUGCUGGCAUGCUUGCAAAGACAGCCAACUACUUGCGAUACCUGUCCGACUACCAGAGGAGGUUGCUGCUUGACAUCUCUGAAGAUCACCCAGCCCAGAGUUUUGUGGCUGCCCUAAAUGAGCUGAAACUUAUUGGCCAGUACACACUUCAGCUGUCCUACCACCAGGCUGAACUGUCAGGGAGGGUCAUGGCCGCUUCUGUAGCCAUCCGACGUCAGGUCUGGAUGGCCAAGACCAACUACUCAGACACUCUGAAAGCCACUGUAGCUGACCUUCCAUUUGUAGUCAGUCACACUUUUGGGGUCAGCUCAGCUUCAGGCCCUAGCUCUUCUGGAACAGUCUGUAAACGGGAACAGCUAUAAAUGUUUAUUUUUAUUUUUGCAGGUGUAAAACAUGCAGGAAAUAUUCACUUUUGCUUGUCCUGAAUUGGGAUAAUACCACUAAAUGGUUCUAUAGUAGAUAUGAAAAUAGGGAAAUAUUCCCUAUAGUCGUAUUGCACUCAGAUUAACCUUUCUUAAGUUUACCUUAUUUUUUGGAAUUUGUCUUUACUGCAUUAAGCAAUUUAUGACUAUCUGGUAACAUUAUUAUCAGUAGUAGUAGUAGUAUUUUUUUUAACAUUAUUAUAGAUUGUUUUGAAAUGUAUGUUUCAUUUAAUAUCUAAUAAGAUAUCAUGCAUUAUUUGAUGUCCACUACCUCACACAAAUUGUUAUUGCAUAAACAGUGUAAUACAAGUUGAACAAUAUAAUCCACUGGUUUUGUAUUAAGUCAGCGUUUUUCACUUACAGAAGUAUAGAAUUGAAACUUUUUGCCUGACCGUGUCAGCAGAGCGUCAAUGACCACCCAUUUUCGAUGUAUAUAGCUUAGCUCAAAUGGCAUAGCGGUUAUCUAUUUAACUGUCUGUUUUCUAAAGUA